CAGUCGUCGCGGAGCGAGGCGCGCGCGCGGUGAACGUGACUCUCUCGGUUCUCUCGGAGCAGCCGGAGGAGCGCGGCGGAGUCGGAGUCCGGGCGGACGAGCGAGCGUGGCGGUUGGCCAGUGCGCGAGGCACGACCGCGUGAUGCGAACGUUUCUUCGUAGCGCGCCGCGCGUCGUCGCCCGAGCGUCGUCGUAGUCGUCGUCGAGUAUCCGCGCCGAGAAUCGAGACGAGUGCCACGGCCAGGCGGCAGCGAGUCGGCGAGCGAGCGGCUGCGGGAAAUCGCAAAAUGUGGAGCCCGACGCACGUUCAGGUGACAGUUCAGAAGGCCAAGGACUUGCUGACUAAAGGAAAGCACAAGACCAACGAUUGCUUCGUGACGAUCGCACUCGGCAAGGAAAAGUACCAGACGUCGGUGAAGGAGAAGGCUACCAAGGACGUGGAAUGGCACGAGGAAUGCGAGCUGCAGAUCCCGGAGCAGGGAAACACCGCGGAAAUCGUCCUCACCGCCCUGCACCGCAACUUCCUGGGUGUCGACGAGUUCCUCGGCACCGUCAGCGUACCGCUCUCCAGCUUCGACGUGUACGAGAGGCCCAAGAACAGAUGGUACGCUCUUAACAGCAAACCAGGUAAAGAGAACACGAAAGAGAGAGGCGAGCUGGAGGUGAAGAUCGGCUUUAUCGUAAAGGCUGGAAGUUUGACCGACCUAAGUAAGAAGGAGCGUCACAAAAGCUCCCUGGGACAAUUGUCCACGGCCGCGCAGUCGAUCGGCGGCAGUUUGCUCAGUAUCGGCAGCCUCGAGAAGCGCAAAGGCCUAAAAAAAUUAGCCAAGUCAAUCGGGAACAAAGUCAAAGGCAAGAGCAAGAAUCGGCUCGAUGGGAAUAAUCUGGACGAGAAGGAGGAACGCGAAUUCAAAAUCACACGACAGGAACCGGGUGAAGCUGAUCCCGGAGUUAUCAGCGAAGACGAAGACGAAUUCACGUUUGACGAUUUGUCCCACAAAAGCUCGGCCUCGUCGCUGAACGCACCCGUGUACCCGGGUGUUAACAGCGGCAACACCAACAGCACCUCGAAUGGCUUGCAGAGCAAUGUCUUCAGAGAGGUGCACACGCCACCGGUACCAAUUAACGCCGCGCCGAGCAAACCGCCGCGAUUUGCCAUGAGUGCGUCUACCACGAAUCUGUCCAGGGUCGACAAUUUGACGAAGGACGACGAGUGGGGUUUGAAGCUCUACGGCAAGCAGGCCAGCAGUGUGCCUAAAAGAUGGGGAAGCAAGCCUAAGAUUGUGGUGGAUGAGCCGCAGGAUAACAAACGCGACGUAUCGCCUGUUCGUUCGCAAUCACCAGUCGCAUCAAGGUUGAGAGAUCUUCCGGAACCGCCCAGCCCGGCGCCGAGAGAAAUUCUUCAUCCGAGGAAUAAGGACGAGAAAUUCGCAAGCAAGGAGAAGCUCGCCGCCAGCAAGGAGAAGCUUGCGAAGGAAGACAAGCCGAAGGAUAAGAAGGACGAGAAGUAUGGCCCGCGAAGUCCCAAGGAGGAAAAGCACGCGAAAAAGGACAAGAAGAAGGACAAGGAGGGUAAAUUCAAAGAUGCCAAUGACGAGAAUCACCUGUCUUCCGAAAGAAUCAUCAUCGGUGGCGAGGACGCCGUUAAGAACGCCGCGAAUUCCAAGAGUCGCCUGCCGCACGAGGUCCUUAACCAGUUCGACGGAAAAUCGAGAGAAGAUCUAAUCGAACUGGCGUUGCAACUGCAGACGCAAGUCACGGAGAAGAACAAGAGACUCAGCGAUCUGGAGGAUUAUAUCGACGCGCUACUCUUACGCGUAAUCGAAUGCUCUCCGCGAUUACUCCAGAAUCCGUAUCAGAGGCGAUUGUCAUCCCCCGGGAACCAGUAAAGAGACAAAUUUGCGAAGCUUUCCUCCACUCGGGGAUCAUUCCCUUUUCACGCCUUAGUGAUACUUUUACCUAGACAUGACUGACAAGUUGCAAGUGGCUAUUUGUUAUUAACAUUGCCCUAUAUUCUAAUUUAUUUUCUUUUAUGCAUCAUAACUUGAAGGAAAAGAUAUAAGCGUUCUCGCAGCAGCUUGCGAAAUCCAUUUCUUCGUAUUUAUUUAUAAUAUCCGCGAGAUUGUAGAACAAUCAAGUGAUGACAAGUAUAAGAUAGUAAUUCACUUAUUAUCGAUACGAACAAAAAAUGGGGUGUGGCUGUCAGUUGAAAAUGAGUUGCAUUUCACGUAAUCCCCCGUCUUCCCAAUAAGCAAAAGUGUCCCAAGUUCGACAGUUCGUUGUGUUCGUUGGCGAUCGAGAUUUCCGUCCAAACGAACUUGCGAGGAAACAUACAGCGAACACGAAUGUAUCUCUCUUAUAAUUAUCCGUAUAAGUUACCUAAGAAUACUUUUUUUUCUAAGUAAGUAAAAGUUCUGACGGGGCGAGAAGCUUCGCGAGAAAUAAACGCAGGAAAACACGUGCCUUCCGUCUUGUACGCACUCGCAUUAAUUCGAACCAUGCCUUGUUAACUAAAGCACUGUUUAAUUACGAGCAUUGAAUAAAAAGAAUAUACAGAUAA